AUGAGUAGCGAUGGAACCGCCUCAAUUUAUGUGGAAUCCGAUGGCGACAGCUUGGAUAACGUCACCGUACCUGGCCCUCCCUUGAUAAACACCAGCCUGCCCCUGGAUAUCAUCCCCGCGAACUGCCUGUACCAGAUGACCUACGCCGCUGGGUCUUCCAUCCUGGACUACAUCAAUGAAUACUUCGCUGGCGCGAUCGUCCCCUCAUCAAACGACGUUGGAGUCUUUGGGUCGCCUCAGCUUCGUGUCGUCUUCAAUGACACCUACGCCAACUUCGACAGCGUCAAUGCUAUAUUUGAUCGCGUGGCUGAGGCCCUCACCGUUCGGGUUCGAACAUACAACAAUAGCGACUCGCCAGAUUUCCGACCAGCUUCCGGAAAAGUGUUUGUAGAGCAGACGUGUGUGUCGGUCAGGUGGCCGUUUUUGGUCUUUCCAAUCGUAGUGGUAGUUUUGACGACUGUGUUCCUCGCUUCCAUUGUUGGAUACGCAGCUCUGGGGAAGGCCGGUGCGGUCGCGGCCGGGUGGAAGUCAUCAAUUUUACCAAUGGCCUUCAAUGGUUUGACCAUGGACAGAUCUGUGUCGGAAAGCGUGGGUGGCAAAAUUGGGCUUAGCAGUAGCUUGGACACAAUGGAGAGCGUCGCAAGGAGGACCGUGGCCCGGAUCACCGAUUCAACCGAUAUAGACUGA